ACCCUGCGACCCAGAACGGGAUGAGCGGUGUCGAGAACGGACGGAGAAGCUCCCGGCUAACGCGGCGGCCGGGACGCCAAACACCUUUUCGAGUACACCUGUAAAGAAGCAAGGCGCUAGGAAGUGUGACGAGGAGAGAAAUGAGAUCCGCCCGUUGUGUGAUCGUGAUGGGAUGUCGAGAGCGGUCUGCCUGACAAGAAACUGAUGACUUGGAACUUUUCUACACUUCCUUCGUCAGCACUUUCACUUCUGCAAACCUUCCCGCAACCCGCGUGUUGUGGGACGAUGACAUCGCAUUGACGCAAGAGCGACAGCAACAAAGGGAAGACCAAGAGAUACCCGAUGUGUCCGCGCGCGAGUACCUUUGGCACGGCGACACGGCCGUCACCUACCCUGAAGACCCGGACGAGGUCGUGCCGCCGGACGCCGAGCGUGACCCCUCCCGCCGAAAAUGCGGCCACCGCGGGAGAGCGGAGGUCGUCUCUAUUGGCCAAUACGCUCAGGUGGAAAGUCACAUGAGCGUCCAGAAACCAAUCAGCGAGCAGCUGCUGAACGACGGAGCUGUGAACCGAAAGUUCAAGUGCGGCGAGUGCGGAAAAGCCUUCAAGUACAAACAUCACCUGAAGGAGCACCUGCGGAUCCACAGCGGUGAAAAACCGUACGAGUGCUCCAACUGUAAAAAGCGCUUCUCCCACUCCGGCUCGUACAGUUCCCACAUCAGCAGUAGGAAAUGUGUUGCGUCGACCGGUCUCCGUGGACAUCCGGGACAGGUCGGGCCGUCCAUCAACUGCUCCACACGCCCAACCCUGAGCCCCUCCCUGGCCCCCGCCCUGGACCGUCUCCACCAAGAGCUGGCAAACAGCCAAGUCUACUGCCGGCAAAAUCACCUUGACGUCCAGUCUGAAACGAUGGACACGGGCCAGGACUACAGGCUAAUGAUGGCCUCUGAAAAUAGAUUCGGGAGACCGGGUGGACCGGAAAGACCUGGGUUCUACCCAAACGGGUUGAGCUCACACGAGCAGCUGGGGAAAUCGGGCAUGGACUUCCUUCUACCGGGCACCCUUGAGAGCCCGAAUGACGUUCAGAAGAGGUCCAGACAAAAGAUGGACAGGAACCCAGAGGAGGUGUCCAAACUCAGGGCCUACAUGAAUGUGCUCCGGACCCAGGUGGAAAAGAACAACCUCACCGGCGGCCCCACUCAGAGCUUCACGGACAACACCCUGGAGUUGCUCAACGAGACAGAGGGAGAACCAGAGCAAAAUAGAAAGGGCAAGAGAAGGCAGACAAACUGGUCCAAAGAGGAAUCACACUUGGUCUUGUACGCCUGCCAGUUCUGCAAGGAUACUUUCCCAGGGCCAAUUCUGUUGCAUCAACACGAGCGCUACAUGUGCAAAUUGAACGAAGACAUUCAAGCGGUUCUCCAGCCGACCGGCCUCAGUCUGAAUCUGGAGUCCUCAGAAUGGCUUAUGUCCACUAAGGAGCCUUGCAGUAGCUCCAGAACGCCUUUCAAGGAACAGUUGUCUGUCAUGCAGGCUAAAUGGGCCAUGAACAUGGAACCCGACUCAGAGGAACUGGUCAAGAUUUCCCUGGCUGUAGGCCUUCCACAAGAGUUUGUCAGGGACUGGUUCACUCAACUGAAUCUCAGUCUUCCUGACGCUGGCGGACCAGAACUACAUCAGCUCUUGAGACGCUCACCAAUGUUCUCAAACAAUGACAUACAGUUUACAACCAAGGGACGGCGGGAAAGGACACCAGACCUUUCGGACCGCAAUUGUCAGUCACCGAUCAACUUGUCGUCCUCAUCCUCCAAACACUCCCAGAGUAGCUCCUACACCCCAAACAGUCUGGUCUGGGAGGAUGUUCACACUGAUGCCCCGCUUGAUCUUUCCGUGCCAAAAUCUCUGGCACACGAAUUCACAGAGAAAACUGGACCCAACGGUCUCCUCAUCGAACCUGGUGCUGAUCAAAGUAUUCCAAGCCUGAUAUCGGGAGCAGCAGACCUGCUCAAGAUCAAGAAAGAGUUCCGGGACUCUGAGGGUGGCAGAAACACUUGCCAUCAGAUGGAAAAAAGUCCCAAGUUUGGGAUCAAUCCCUUUUCAGCAGGUCUGGUCUACUCAUCCGUGGCUCCGCACGGCACUUUCCCCCCAUCGACGUUAAUGUCUCCCACCCGGUACCCGGUGCUGGAGUCUGUGAGCUUCAUGCCCCAAAUGACGUACGCCUACGCUAGCGGGGAACCUGCCUUUGUCGACAUACUUCACACCAGGAAAAAUCACUGGAAAACAAGCUUCCAGAGGGCGAUGAUGGACGGGUCCUCAGACUUCCUGUCAGGUGUGGACCAGCUGGCAGAAAAAGAGUCAAAACUGAAGACUGCGAGUGGUACGUACGCCUGCGACUUGUGCCACAAAACAUUCCAGAAGAGCAGUUCCCUCCUAAGACACAAAUAUGAGCACACAGGAAAGCGUCCUCACCGGUGCGAAAUCUGCCAGAAGGCCUUCAAGCACAAGCACCACCUGAUCGAGCACUCGCGUCUCCACUCGGGAGAAAAACCCUACCAGUGCGACAAAUGCGGAAAGCGCUUCUCGCACUCGGGCUCGUACUCGCAACACAUGAACCAUCGCUAUUCGUACUGCAAGAGGGAAAACCAGGAAAAGGGGGCCCAGGGGACCCAGAAGGAGACGCGGGACCCGGACUCCGCAGCGCUCGUCGCCGACUCUUGCCCGGAGGACCCCGUCGGACACCUCGGAUACCUGGAACCCUCCGACGUGGACCGCUUUCCCCGUCCCAUCCUGACUGCGGCAGAACAUUUCAGGGAGGAGGACGUCCUGACGGACUGCGCGGGGGACAAAGACUAGUGCUCGUACCACU